AUGGGUCUAGACAAGCAUCGGCCUCCUCUUCCAGCUCCCACCGAUACCUCCAACUCCGGCUACGACACCCAGCACACCACCGACGUCGACACCAACGUCUCGACGCGCACCGACAAGACUUCCUUCAGCAUCCCCGAGGACGGCACGCCCGUCACCAUCAACACGGUCAAGCUGCAGCGCAGCCUGCACAAGAAGUACCCCUCGCAGACGUCGCUGCUGAUCGAGUACUUUGACGCCGGCACGCCCGACGACACGCUGCGCUCGAGCCCCAGCGUGCGCGUGCGAGUAACGCCCUCGUCCCGCAGGAACAAGGCCCUCAGCGACCACGUCCGGUUCGCCGAGUCCGCCUACGCGACCCGCUCCACCCUCACCGCCCGCACCCCGGCCUACAUCCGCCGCAUCUCGCUCGCCAAUCGCGACGUCCACCCGGCCAACUACUGGGACAGCUCCGACGUCGAGUCGGUCGCGCCCGUGGAGAUCGAGGUGCUCAGCGACGUCUCCAGCAACGGCGGCCGCUUUGUGUCCAUGUCCUCGAACGUCUCGUCUAUGCCCCCCGACAGCUUACUAGGCGACGAACCCCAGAUCCUGCCCCCCGGCCGCCGCCGCAGCCGAAGCUUGGACCGCGAAGAAAUCAACGAGUCCCUGCUCUCCGACAUGCCCGAAUCACUCAUCACCCCCAAGCAGGAGCGCAGCCGCAGCCUGAGCAAGGACCGCAUCACCCAGCGCGUCAUGGAGAAGCUGCAGCAGCAGCAGGCCAUUGACGACGCCGCGAACAAGAGGAAGCCCUCCUCCAAAACAUCCGUCGACACAAAGUCCACCAAAAGAAGAAGCAAGGACCCCCGUGACGAAGACGUCAGCGCCGUCACGGGCACAGAGUCCAACAUGUCCUACACGGCCGACCGUCGCUCCGUCCUCGCGCCGUCCAUGCGCUCGGGCGUGUCGGGCACCUCGUCGAUGAACAACCCCAAGCUGCUCGCGACGGUCGAGGACGCCAUCAGGCGCCUGAUUCUGCCCGAGCUGAAUGCGCUCAAAGAAGAGAGUCGCACGUCCAAGAACAAGGACACGUUUGAGCGCACCACCCGUGACAGUGGUACCGGCCUCGACAGCGCCGACUCACGGAGCGCUUCCCGCGAGCCGUCCAAGCGCCGUGUCUCCAACAAACCAAAGGUCGUGCUGAACCGUGAUGGAGACGAUCCAGGGACCGUUCUGUCUUCGAGCUCGAGCCGCAAAGAGCGUCGCUCGAGUCGAGGCUCCAUAUCCGACCGCAGCUACGCCGAGUUGGCAUUGCGCGAGAAGAGCCACCGAAGGAAGACCAAAGACAAGGAACUCAAGGAGCGCUCGUCACGCUCGUCUGCGCGCGACUCCGAACUGGCCAGUCUGGCUGGGGCUGGACUCACGGCUGCCGCAUUGAGGCACCACACCUCGCGCGAAGAGAAGGAAGAAGAGCGCAAGCACAAGUCCCACCGCCACAAGAGCAGCACAAGUCGUUCUGCCAGCGUGGCAGAGAGCGUGGGAGACGAUCUUUCGGUUCUAAAUGUCCCCGCUCUUCCCUUCCUCCACAGCGAGCUACAAAGCUCCGACUUGACUCGAGACUCGAUCCUGUCUGCCGAAACCGAGACACGGCAGAGACCGAGCUCUUCCUCCUCCAAGAGCACCGCCACAUCAACCGCUGGCCCUGAGACACCCCUCCAGGAAGUACCUCGCGGCUACCCUAACUCGAACCCACGCACGCCUACACGAACUCCAAAUGCAUUCCAGCGGGAUCUUGGCACCUCUCACAGCAAUCGCUCAAAGGACGAUACCCACAAAACGACUUCGAACGGUUCGGCAACUCCGAAGAAUAACCAUACCUAUACCUCUCAGCUCAAGAAUGUUACCAUGGCAAGUCUGGGGAUGGAAGCCGCUGCUGCUGCUAAGCUUCGUGCUAUCGAACGCAACGGCCCGCAAACUUCUCAGUACGAGAUCGAGACUGAGACACCACCACAUCGUGACGUGAGCCCCAUCCAGAGCGAGGCUAGUUACCUCGAAGAUGCCCACGCCACCGGUUCGCCUCGCCACCUUCGAUCUACCCAGAGUGCAGCAUCCGUGUCUUCGCUCGGAGCCGAACGCAAAGUCGACCGACAAACGUCUGAUUACUCAAUUGCGUCCCUGGAUUCCAGACCAAGCACCAAAGUGGCCCAGAGACGCAAACGGCCACAGGGCGUCAAUCUUGAGAGCGAGGGAUCCGUUCUUGGUGAGGGAUCGACUCCUCAGGAUGCAGAGUUGUUCUUCGAGAUGAAUCACGAGCAGAAUGAGGUGUAUCGGAGAGAACUCGAGGAAAGCUCGCAGGCGUCGCCUAUCAACGACAAGAGGCCGGAUAGCUUCACUGACAGCGAAGAAGGGCAGUACCUUGAUGUCGAGGAGCAGCUGAAUAUCGACCAAGACAUUCGCAGGGUCGGCUCGAAUCCAGAGUACAUUCACACGCCAAUGGCGGUCGAGUCUGCUGUUGCGUCUUUGCACAACCCCUCUCUCAUGAGCGCCAGCGUUAUGAGUCCUGCCGUAAAGAGUCCGCUCCAGAAGAGUCGACUCUCGCAGGUCAGUCCUUCGCCGGGGGUUUUGAGUAUUUCAGACGAGAAUAUCCCAAGUGGCGCGCGAUGGGGUGCUAUCCGGGACAAGGCUGAGGCACUGUCUAAACCUCAUCAAGCCGAUAACUCGCCCAGGCAGAGCAUCUCCCACUCGAUCGACGAGACACCUCAGAUGCACCACAGCGCUUUCCCGGCUCACCAUGAUAUGAUGCCCGAGAUUGGGUAUGGCGUGGAUGAUGAGUCUGAUGUCACUACCAACCCAUCCAUCAUUCAUGGACCGCUCGGAGGUGGAGACGGCUACCACGAGCAGACAGAAGAGUACCUGAGCCGACAAGAAUCGCGCGAGCGUACACCUGUCAACCCAUACAGCAACGCUGCUCCUACUGGACCUGGCGCCGGGGCUGCUAUUGUCGCUGCUGCUGCUCACCAGCUGCGCGAUCAAAGCCCUAGCGAACUCUCAUACGACGGACAACACCAGGCCACAGUGGAAGAUGACUACGAGUCAUACACAGGUGAGCCUCAAUACGAGCAGCAGAGUUAUGCGCAGAGUAACCGUACGCCUUUGUCCAACCAGACCGGCUGGAAAGACGAGGGUUACCAGUCGGCUAACCAACGUGAAGCGUAUACGCCUCAGAACCGAAUGGCACCCAAACUGUUUGACGAUGAUGGGUUUGGUGAUGGAUACGAUGAUACCGGUCUUGGGGAAACGGAUAUGUUUGCCUCUGGUGACAAGCACGAUCGUCAUUUGAGCGGCAAUUCUCAUGGUCUGGAUUCGCCACUGUACGACGCGGCGACUGGCAAGGGCCUGGACCGUAUUGAGUCAAAGGAUAUUGUGGCGCUCAUGGAUCAUUUGACCGUUCGCGACGCUCAGCGUAAUGCGCGGGACACUGAGAUCCUGGUCACGCUGGUUAGGAGUGCGGCGGAGAUGCGCAAUCAGCUGGACGAGAUGAAACAGUUCAUCAAGACGCAGGACAACAUGAUCAUGCAGACCACGGACAAGAGAGUCGGUCUCGCCGAGCAACGCAUCUUGGGUGGGCCUCGUCCUCAGCCGUUUGGAUCGCCGCGAGUCCCUCGAUCGUCGUCUGAAGAUGACAUCGAGACGAAGAAGAAGAACGUGUUCAAGCGUGCGCUGAAGGGCCUGAGCAUGAAGGGCGAUGGCGACAUCAAGAACAUCGAGCACAUGUUGGUCCAGUUGCUUGGCGAGGUUGAAGGCCUGAAGCAGGUUCAGACGCUGACGUUGGAGCAAAAUCGCACAAACAGCCUCGCGUCUUACGAGAACCUGAGGGCCAGCGCUGAUCCGGGCUACGAGCCUGAAGGUCGCGCCAAUACCAAUUCGUCGCCGAACCAGUCUGGAUACCUUUCAAACCCCUCCUCGUCACGACGGAUUCAGGAUCUUCACUCGGGCUAUGAUGUUGUGCAGAACAACCGCAUCAGCACGGUGGAUGAGGACUCUGACGAGUAUGACGAGCGUGUUCUUCAGUACGAGAACACGGAGCGGAUGACGACGCCUACGCAAGAGGCUAUGCAUAACAGGAGUCUCUCGCAGGAGAAGGAGACAACGCCAACACAAGCGUCGAGAGCGUUCAGCAAGGAGAGCCAGGACACCACACCGAAGCGCAAACACAAGUCGAACUCGUCGUCUGGUUUCGGCAUCCCCAAGAUCUCGAGGUGGUCGAAGACAACGGCGUCUUCCAACCCGGAGAGCACUCCCCACCACAGCGGGUCUGGAGACAAGCGACCGUACUCCGCGCAUUCAAAGUCUUCCAUGUCAAGCCAGUCGACCCGCUCAACUCACUCGAGGUCCGGGUCACAAAACAACCUCGCGUACUACGACGACGAGCCAUACGCCGUACGUGAGGAUGAUAGGCGUCGUUCCCACAGCUCUCUUUCCAGAGACGACAGAUCGUCAAUGCGCUCUGCCUCGCCACUCAUCCCAGAUGAGUCCGAGCUGCAGUACGAGAUGGACGACCCCAAGUACCAGGCUCACCGCAACUCGCUGAACCUGCAGCACCCGCAGCCGCGCCCGGGCCCAACAGGCCGCCAUCAGUCUCACCUCGAAGACGCGGCGCAAAUCUACGAGCCCUCCAACAUCACGUCGCCCGACUACGACCAGUGGGGUAGCAUGCCCUCGCUGGCUCGCAACCGCAUGUCGGCAGGCACGGCGGGAUACGGAGCCGGAAAUCUGAGCCCCAUCUCCUCUGAUGGCGGAUACAGCGGCCACUCCGCCUCCGAGCAGCAGUACGCGUCUGCACGGCCGUCGAAGAUCGUCGACGACGGACCGCUCAUCCCGCAGCAGCAGCAGUCGGGAACCCUCGCCGGCUACGGUCAGACGAGGCAGAUGUACAGCAGCCCGAAUGAAUUUGGCAGCCAGGGCGCGCUGACGCCACUCGCGCCUAUCGCGGAGGUUCGAUACAGUCUUGAGACUGAUAGGGGAUACCGGUUGACGCCCUCGUCCUCCCCCCGCUCGAGUCUCGCGACCCCCCAGCGCAAGAUCACCGGCCCUAGGCCCAUGGGCAGCAGGAGCCCUGCUCCCAAUGGGAACGGAUUGAAUCACUCCGAUACCGUCAUUAGGCGGAAACCCAUCGAAGAUGAUGAGGAAUCACUCCUUAGCUACCGCAGCAGCCUCGACUCGGAGAUCUUCUAG